GCCACCUUAAGCAGAUUACUUUUGCGCUGCCUGUGUCAAAUACGUGGUUCACUUUGCCUCUCCAUCAUGUUUAGGAUGCUGAAACACCACCUUCACCCGGGCAUUUUUCUCUUGUUCAUAUGGCUUUGUCACCUCAUGGAACAUCAAAAAGUUCAAGCUGGGAACUGCUGGUUGCAGCAGGGGAAGAACGGGAGGUGCCAGGUGCUCUACAUGCCCGGAAUGAGCAGGGAGGAGUGCUGUCGGAGUGGGAGACUGGGGACGUCCUGGACCGAGGAGGACGUCCCUAACAGCACGCUCUUUAGGUGGAUGAUCUUCAAUGGCGGAGCCCCCAAUUGCAUGCCUUGCAAAGGUGGAGAAACCUGCGAUAAUGUUGACUGCGGGCCUGGAAAGAGGUGCAAGAUGAACAGAAGAAGUAAGCCGCGCUGCGUGUGCGCACCAGACUGCUCCAACAUUACCUGGAAAGGACCUGUCUGCGGCUCAGAUGGAAAGACCUACAAAGAUGAAUGCGCACUGCUGAAGGCUAAAUGUAAAGGCCACCCUGACCUGGACGUGCAGUACCAGGGAAAGUGCAAGAAAACGUGCCGUGACGUCUUGUGCCCCGGCAGCUCCACAUGCGUCGUGGACCAGACAAAUAACGCAUAUUGUGUGACGUGUAAUCGGAUUUGCCCCGAGGUGACGUCGCCUGAGCAGUACCUGUGUGGAAACGACGGGAUCAUCUAUGCCAGCGCGUGUCACCUGAGAAGAGCUACCUGUCUCCUGGGCAGAUCUAUUGGAGUGGCAUAUGAGGGGAAAUGCAUCAAGGCCAAGUCAUGUGAGGACAUCCAGUGCAGCGCAGGGAAGAAGUGUCUGUGGGAUGCUCGGAUGAGCCGGGGCCGCUGCUCACUGUGUGACGAGACCUGUCCGGAGAGCAGGACAGAUGAAGCAGUGUGUGCCAGCGACAACACCACAUAUCCAAGUGAAUGUGCCAUGAAGCAAGCUGCUUGUUCAAUGGGUGUGCUGCUGGAAGUCAAGCACUCGGGAUCUUGCAACUGAAUCUGCCCAACAGAGACCCGAGCCACUGGAACCAUCAGCCCCAGUGCCCCUAUACCCACCAGCCACCCUCCCCCCCACUCCAUCCCAACCCACCUUGUAAUUCCCCCGACCCCAACCUCUCAUCUACCCCUCUUUUCCAUCAUCCCACUUUUUCUCUUGUUGCAGCCCUGACUUGCUAGAUUAUGUAAAUGGAAGUUGCGUAAUUGGGGAUGCCACAGUAAUUGUUAAUGCCAAGUCACACAGACCCUUCCUCACACACACACACACACACACACACACACACACACACACACACACACACACACACACACACACACACACACAUAUAUAUGAACACACAAAAAAAAGAAAAGAAAAAAGAAACAAAAUGGAGGCUGUGUGCCAGUGGCUUUGCUGUGAGAUUUUUUUUUUUUUUUUUUUGAGAACAUUCAGUGAUAUUCUGUGCUGUUGUGGUCCAUAUUCAUACAACAGCUACCAUAUAUUCUCCCAUAUAGCCAUUACAGAAGACCAGGAGGAGGAUGAGGAAGAUGAGGACUCAGACUACACGGCCUAUGUCCAUUUAUCUUCUAUACUGGAUGGAUAGGCUCCCAUCACUAGGGGAACAGUCCUAGGGCAAGGAAUCAUGUCCAUACUGUACAUUAUGUGUAUGCUUAUUUAUUUUUUAAAGAAAAAGGAAGUAUACAUAUAGUUCAGUCUGCUAGAUGUUUAUUUAUACUUUUUGUGUUUUAUAAUUUAUACAUUUACAAUGUCAGGCAUACUAUCUACCAUGAUAUAUUGUGUUACCACUCAUUUCCCCCUUUUUGUUGUUGUCCCUUUUACUUUCUUUUUUAUCAUGAAGAAAUAUAUUUGUCCAAAGAGAAGCAGUGUUAUUUAUUUGUCAUGUUACCGUGUAAGUAUAAGUCCUCUACAAGCUGUAAAUUGCAUUCCCUGAGCUGUAAAAAUCUGCUUGUUUCUGUCAAAUCUCUAUCACAGAUGUUUAUGUCACACAUACGUAAAUGCAUGUUUAGGCUGUGUGUUUAUUUAUUGGGAAUAUAUCAAUCAUUUUAUGUACAUAAAGUGUUUCUGGUUUGUUUACAACUCAUAAUAACUGACCAAAGGGAUUCUCUCAAUGGUUUUGCAAAAGAGCAUUGUAAAAGGUGCAACACAGCAGUGAUGUAAUGGAAGAGAAAAAAAAAGAGCCAUUUGUUUUUCUUUUCAUAAUUUUUGGUUUUUCCUCAGUUUCAUUUGUUUCCACACUGAGAUGACAAUUUUAGACUUAUUCAGUAGCAUUUAUUUUAUCUCACCACAUUAGAGCAGAGGUAAGUUUUGGACAAUACUUGAUUAUUUUGGAAACAAUGUGCCAUUAACAUUUGUGUGCUGUCUUCUUGCCAAUGUGCUCCAUAUUGCUCUCGCAGAGCUAAACUAGGACUAACGUACUUCAGUACUCAACACUAUAUCAGACUUCAUCACUUUGUUUCUUUUUGUUUUGUUUUUUUUUCUCAGAAUGCAUUUUUAUUUCAAACAUCACAAGAGAAAUACAAAAUUCUGUUAUGAAUAUAUAGUUUUGUAUUUUUUAUGUAAAUGUCAUAUGUACAUACAAAGUUUGACGGUAUUUGUACAGAUAUGAAGAGUGAAACAAUAAAAGUUUUUUUCCUUAUA